UUUUGCUAUUGUAUACCGGAAGUGGCUGCAAGCACAUGUGGAACCAAAACACAGAGAUCUAAAGAUCGUUUAACGGGUUUUUCUACAUUUUCAGUAAUAGAAGAUCUGUACCACUAGAAACUUGAAUGUUUGAUGGAGUCAGUGAAUGUUAAAACAUGGUGAGAAAAAAGAUAGACAACAGGCUGAGAAUUCUUGUGGAGAAUGGUGUUGCUAAAAAACACCGAUCAAUUGUUGUAGUCGUGGGUGACCAUGGCAAAGACCAGGUUGUUAUUUUACAUCACAUGUUGUCCAAGGCAACAGUCAAAGCAAGGCCAACUGUUUUAUGGUGCUACAAAAAGGAACUUGGCUUUAGCAGUCAUAGAAAAAAACGGAUGAAGCAGUUACAGAAGAAGAUUAAGAGGGGGAAGCUGGACAUGAAGGAGGAUGAUCCGUUUGAGCUGUUCGUGGCUGCCACAUCAAUCAGAUACUGUUACUAUGCUGAAACCCACAAAAUACUGGGACAGACGUUUGGCAUGUGUAUAUUGCAGGAUUUUGAAGCCUUGACCCCUAACUUGCUGGCAAGAACUAUAGAAACUGUAGAGGGCGGGGGACUGGUUGUCAUCCUCAUCAAAACCAUGUCAUCUCUAAAACAGCUGUAUACAAUGACAAUGGAUGUACAUUCAAGAUUCAGAACAGAGGCACAUCAAGAUAUUGUCGGAAGAUUUAAUGAGAGGUUUUUGUUAUCCUUGUCGUCCUGCAAGAGCUGUAUCGUUAUUGAUGACCAGUUCAAUAUCCUGCCUAUCUCCUCGCACAACCUCAACAUUCAACCGGUUCCUGCCAAGUCUAUUGACGAUGUACCGACCAGAGAGGUGGAGUUAAAAGAGCUUAAGGAAUCGCUACAGGACACUCAGCCAGUCGGGGUCAUUGUCAACUGUUGUAAAACUCUAGAUCAGGGUAAAGCACUUCUGAAGUUCAUUGAAGCCAUAUCUGAGAAGACACUGAGAAGCACUGUGAUAAUGACAGCAGCCAGGGGGCGUGGCAAGUCAGCAGCAUUGGGGCUAGCUCUGUCAAGUGCUGUAGGAUUUGGGUACUCUAACAUCUUUGUAACUGCACCUAGUCCAGAAAAUCUUAAAACAUUGUUCGAGUUUGUCUUCAAGGGCUUUGAUGCUCUUGAGUAUCAGGAACACAUGGAUUAUGAGAUAAUUCAGUCAACAAACCCAGAUUUCAAUAAGGCCAUUGUGAGAGUGAACAUCUUCAGAGAACACAGACAAACCAUUCAGUACAUCCACCCAACUGAUGCCCACAAGUUGGGGCAAGCCGAGCUGGUGUGUAUUGAUGAAGCUGCAGCCAUUCCUCUGCCGCUGGUUAAAAAUCUCCUAGGACCUUAUCUAGUAUUCAUGUCCUCCACCAUCAAUGGCUAUGAAGGCACUGGUCGCUCGCUGUCCCUAAAGCUAGUCCAACAGCUCAGACAGCAGUCCAGCACAUAUGGUGGCAGCUCUUCCGAAGUUCAAAAGACCAUCUCCAUGGUAACCAAAGCUGAUGGAGUUUCUUCAAUUUCAGGUCGUGUACUUCAUGAAGUGGUUCUUAAUGAAUCAAUAAGAUACGCCAAUGGUGAUCCAGUAGAACGUUGGCUUUAUGACUUGCUGUGUCUAGAUGCCACAAAUGUCACCAGAAUUUCCUCUGGUUGUCCUCUCCCGGAAUCAUGUGACUUGUACUACAUUAACAGGGACACUCUGUUCUCCUACCACAAAGCUUCUGAGGCUUUCCUUCACAGGGUGAUGGCUCUGUAUGUAUCAUCUCACUACAAGAACACGCCCAAUGACCUUCAGUUACUGUCGGAUGCUCCUGCACACCACAUUUUUGCACUGCUAGGCCCAGUAGACCCAAAUCAAACGUCUUUACCAGAAGUUCUCUGUGUACUCCAGGUGUGUCUGGAAGGAGAGAUUUCUAAAACCUCCAUCAUGAACAGUUUGUCGAGAGGGAAAAGGGCGUCGGGUGACCUGAUACCUUGGACCAUCUCCCAACAGUUUCAAGACCAUGACUUUCCUGGACUGUCAGGAGCUCGGGUGGUUAGGAUCGCCACACAUCCAGACUACCAGUCCAUGGGUUAUGGCAGCAGGGCUUUGUCUUUGUUAAAGCAGUACUAUAAAGGAGAAGUGGUCAGUCUGUCGGAGUCAGUGGACACAGAACCUCAGACCAAUGUCCUAGAUGACCAGGAUGUGAAUUUAUUGGAGGAGAGACUUACUCCCAAGAAAAACUUGCCUCCAUUGUUAAUGAAGCUAAGUGAGAGGAAACCAGAAAAACUGGACUACAUUGGUGUCUCCUACGGCCUAACAUCAGGAUUACUCAAAUUCUGGAAGAAAAAUGGAUUUGCACCAGUGUAUUUAAGACAAACAACUAAUGAUUUGACAGGUGAACAUUCCUGUAUUAUGUUACACCUGCUGACAGAAGAGGAAUCUGAGGACGACCAGGACAAAAAGCAGGAGUCAUGGCUGUACGCGUUCUGGAAAGAUUUUAGAAGACGGUUUGUUUCUUUACUCUCAUACCAGUUCAAGAGUUUCACUCCAUCCAUGUCUUUAAGCAUCUUAGAACAGAAACAGUUCAAAUCAGCAAAGUCAGAUAUGUCUGUGAGAGAGCUGGAGAUGUACUUUACGAAAUACGACGUGAAGCGGUUGGAGCUGUAUGCCCAGAACAUGGUGGAUUAUCACCUGAUUGUGGACUUACUUCCUGCCAUCAGCAGACUCUACUUCCUCAAUCGGAUCAAUGUGCAGCUUAGCAUUGUACAGAGUGCUUUGCUGCUUGGCCUUGGUUUGCAACACAAAACUGUGGAUGACAUGCAGAAAGAGCUUGACCUUCCAGCCAGCCAGCUCCUGGGGCUCUUCAACAGGAUCAUUCGCAAAGUUGUCAAUAGCCUGAAUACUGUAAUGGAAGCAGAUGUAGAGAAAGACAUGAUAGAGAGGAAAGAAAUCACACUACAACCCACAGAGCAAUCCAUGGAGGAUGAACUGAAUGCAGCAGCUCAAGAGGUAGAAGCUGCCCAGAAGAAGGAGCUGGCUAUUCUGAAGGACCUGGACCUGUCCCAGUACGAGAUCAAGGGGUCAGAACAUGAAUGGAAGCAGGCUCUCAACUCCGGAUCAAAGAUGAUCAGCAUAAAGGGAUCAGUUCUGGAAAAGAAAAGGAAGACAGAAGACGCCAUUGCAAUGCUGGAAGGCUCCAGUAAAAAGAAGAAAAUCAAGAAAAAACACAAAAGUUGAUGUCUGUAUUUUGUUGUCAUUUUAUCUCAUAAAAUUGUUUCCUAUAUUGUA